UAAACUCCCCGUGCAUCCAUACAAACGAGAAAGCUAUUUUAGCCCUUUUGGUACAACGAUCAAACACCCUUAUCGUUUAAUGAUCUUACCACGCUCGUAAACGCUCGACGUCCCGACGACGAUCGCCCGCCCCAGAUGCGUGUUUGUUUUGGUCCGGCUACCCCCGCUCCGUGACCAUGUCCUGUAACUGUCUGUUUGACGCCACUCGCUCCAGGGCAAAAAGGCACCUUUUAGCACCAUUAGCGAUCUGUGUCACGAGAGCUAAUCAAACAUGCUAACCAAUCCGACGAUCGGGACCCACGGUGUGGUGCCGCAAUUAAUGGGUUCGUUUCGAGUUUUUUUUGUUGGUGUGCUCUUUAUCUUCUACGCUACGCCAUAAAAAAGAAAGGCACCAACAUUGUUUAAAGCUUUGUUGUCCGCCAUUGGCUAAACCGAAAGGAUGCACAUGUUGUUCCGCACAGGAAGUUCGCUCGCCAACGAACCGAACCGAUCGCAAUGUACACGAGCCGGCGCCCCGACCAUUUCCGGGCACAUCGUUUCGACAUCCGACCUGCAGGCUACAGGCGCGCGCUGCAGACAGCCGCAGAGCCUGCCGGUUCCCGCACCGGCGUAGAAGGCGUAGACUGUGUGUGUCUUUCAACCCCGAUCGGACUGGUUGGUGACGGACGGCUCUACCCUACGCGCCCACGUAUCGAUCAACAGACUUUGCCUUCGAAAGUCGAAAAAACCAAACCAAACAAUCAAAUGACGAGCCUGAUGGUGGCCGUAAGGAUGAAUGAGAAGGACGGGUAUGUGCUGCGGGCAAAAGCGAGACAUCCUUCGUCGUGGCUCCUCAAUUAGUGCGUUGAACGACACGAGAGCUAGCCAGGCUCCUGCAGACGUGGGUAGCAAAUGUGAACCAAGUGCCCGGGGAAGGAUAUUUAAGAACGCCUGCCACAGGUGCUACCACUAUCAGUUCAUUCCGAGAUUUCGUCCUUACAGCGUGCAACAAACGAAAUGAUGAAGCAUUGGUAAAUCGACCGAUCUAUGAUCGAAGUGUGAUCGAAAAGCAAGUCGUUAAGUCAAGUGCAAAUCUCAGUAUCGAAACCCAAACAGUUAUCCAACAAGUGACAAUGAUGGUGGUGAAUAUGUGCUCGUGUGCUACAAUUGCUCUGUGCCUAUUCGUGGCAGCUACAAAUGUCUCCAGCUAUGCAAUAGAUCAAACCGCAUCGUCUGAUGAUGCUGCGCUCCAAGUAUUGAAUGAGUUCCGAACACAUCUGGUUGCUGAAGGAGCGAUUCUUGCGUCUAAAGAACUCACACUGGACACCUUCGAUGAGCUAGAAGUGUUGCGGUUACUUCCAACGAUCGUCACCUGCAUGAAGUCUGAUGCCUUGUCAUCCAUUGAACAGGAUGCAUUUGAACAUAUCUACGGCAGCAUCUGGGAGCUAGUGGUCGAGGAAUCGCAACGCCACCGAGGACAACCGCGUAAUCCAAUCCUUACCGCUCUGCUAGCUUCCCCCGAACUGCGUCACACUCAGCCCGAAAAUCCACCGCAACCCUCCAACGAAAUUAGCCCCAACGGCAUCACGAAGGAAAUCAAGCCAAAGGCUCAAACUGCCGUCUCUCGGGAAGCUCCAGCACAGCGUGUUCUUCACACGGCUGCAGCGAUCGUGCAGAAGUAUUAUCUACGCCAAGCAAAGCAUAAGAGCAACUUCAGGCGCAAAUCACAGCCGGCAGCUCGUCGGCAAGCCCCCCGGCUAAGAAGCGCCAAUGUGCACACCAAACAACUGUCCGCUGAUUCGAUCCGUGUGACGAUCGAACUGCCGCGCUACAAACGGUCGAUAGCGAAACCUCAGCCAUCCGCCACCGAGGACGAGGAGGACGCCGAAAUGGAGGCAAAGAUUUUGGCCGCCAUUCAGGCCCAAAUUGGCAAUCCCAGCCUUGAGGAGGAGGACGACGAAGAGGAAGAGGAAGAGGAGGAGGAGGUGCCUUCCCAGCUGGAGGAAGAUUCGUCCGAGUAUUUGGACGAUGAGGCCGACUAUAUGGGCGUGCUGGAUGACGAUGAUGACGACGACGACGAUGACGAUGAUGAUGAUGAAGAUGAGGCUGACGCGUAUAAUGAGACAACUGCGACGAAGCGUGCGCUCUUCCAAGCGAAUGCACACGACUUCGAGAAUCCUUCCUUUAAUGAGCUGCUGCUGUUGGCCGCUCGCCAUCGUGCCAUUCAGCAGCAGCGGUUGAAGCAGCGCCAACAUCUCGCCUACCGUAAAUCGCAACCGAGUCGGCACAGCAGCAGCUACGAGGAUUACUAACCCUGUGGGAUGUUGUGGGCAGUGGUGAUCGCGUGUCCAAGUCAGUGCAAAAACGGGCGGAUCAGCAACGGUGUGUGGAGCAUAUCGUGUGGAUGUACGCCAGUCGUAAGCUAAGUCAAAACCCUUAUCGUACAGCGCAACAUUGAUGUUAGAUACAACAGAAGAGGCAUUAGGUUUAGAGUGUAAUUAUUGUUGUUAUAAGCUUGAACAUUGUACAUAUUACCGUUUACAAACAUUAAGUGCAAUCAGAACGAUCGAGUAAUAAACUAUAAGUGUUAUUUGUGUAAAUUA